AUGUUUCCCUGUCCAACUAGCGCAGGAUGGGUCAAUGCCACAGCCAGAGCGGUGGCCAAUCAACCAAUGAGUAGCGUUUCUGGCAUCAACAGACCUGCUCAAGUCUCCCUGAGGCCGUGGGAUUUUGAUUUGGGGAACCCUGGGACAGGCUCCACGCAGUACCUCGUGUUUGGCUCAAGUGCGGGUGAGGCAAGUGUGAAUGUAAAAUCGAGAAUGCCAACAGACAGAGAGAAUUGGCUUACGACGUCUUGCCCCUUGUCCCCUGCAUGCUUAUUUAUGUAUGUACAUACAGCACUGUCUGGUUCUGACAAUCGUCUCCACCGAGGCGAUACGUUCUUUUCGAAUGUCGCGUUGUUAUUGUUGUGA